AAUAAUUGGCGGCCCCGGCUUGGCCCUCAUCAAACCCUCACAGCGAAGGACACAAAAACACAGGUAGGGUUAGGCGACGCGGCGGCGAGAGCGCGAGAGUAGGAGGAGGCGUCGGCCAUGACGGGGAAGGCGAAGCCGAAGAAGCACACGGCGAAGGAGAUCGCCGCGAAGAUCGACGCGGCGACGACGAACCGGGGCGGCGGCAAGGUCGGGCAGGCGGAUCGGCUAGGGCAGGACAAGGGCGGGCACGCGAAGCUGGCGUGCCCGCUCUGCCGCACCCCGGCGCCCGACAUCAAGUCCAUGCAGAUCCACCACGAGGCGCGCCAUCCCAAGCUCCCUUUCGAGCCGGAGAAGCUCGUCAACCUGCACUCCUCCACCCCCGCCGCCGCCGAGGCCACCACCUCCAAGCCCAAGCCCGGGGUCCGCGGCAGCCUCAAGAAGUAGCUGGCUGGCUUGCCUGCCUGACUGCCUGGGGUAAUUCCCUUCGAUUUCAAUCCCAUCCACCGACCCGAUCUACAAUCAAUCAAAGUACCGCCCGCCCUCCGGCCUGCGGUGUACUGUUAGUCUGCUGCUGCUGCUUCUUAUCGUUGUUAUAUUGCUGAUACAUGUCUCGCGUGAUAGAUGUGCAACUAUAUAUCAGUCUCGUCGCCGGCAACACUGGCAUGCUUAAACAUGUGUCGCUGCUGCUCCGUGAUGCCGGCGACGGCUGCUAUUAGUGUUAAUGUUAGUGUCGAUCGGGUCUCCUUGAACAAUGGCAGGAAUCUGUUGCUUGUUUACUUUCUUCUAAUGGCAAGUAAAGUUCCCUAAUUGUUUCGUCUGCCGUUGGGUGUUUAAUACUGUCAGGGUUUCAUGAGACAGAUCCUCUCUUGUCUUGUGUAUGAAUAGUUUGUAUUG